AUUGGAAUGGUUUUCUAGGGUAGGGUUUUGCGCCACGGAUGGAUGGCGAUGCCCGGCGCCAGGCGAGAGAAGAUGAUCGCGCGAUGAUCGUCGCGCGGACGAGGCGCUGUUUUUGACGGUGUUCUUGGAGAAGAUUUCUUGCCUGGGCACGAGAUUUCGUAGGAUAUUGCAAUGGCAGAAGGAGCACGCUAUUGCUUCAUUGUGAGAUGGCUCGAUCCGACGAGUGCUCUGAUUUGGAAGUACCAGUUUUUCUACAACACCGCGGAUUCUUCCAUUGAAAUGUAUGAUAUUAAGAACCAAAAGAUUUUUCUCAAGCGAGUUAGCCAUCCGGAGAUCCGGUUGGAGCAUUUGUAUAUCGGUGGUACUUUUGUCUUGUAUUCUAGGCAGCUUGUAGUCGAGGAUUAUGGUGACGAUUUUACUCGCAAGGAGCUCUCAAAUCUGCAAGAAACGACCAUAGCCGUGAUAAAGCCUGAUGCAAUCGACAAUGUGGGAAAGAUUAUAGACAUAAUAUACAGCAAUGGAUUCCUUGUAAAGCAAAUGAGGAUGUGUAAGUUAUCAUCCCAGCAAGCGGCCCAGUUUUAUAAAGCACACGCUGGGAAACAUUUUUUCGGUCACAUUACAAGCCACAUGUCAAGUGGCCCUUGUGUUGCUCUAGAACUUGUCGCGGAGGACGCAAUCAGUAAAUGGAGGCUUCUUCUUGGUCCUACAGACAGCGUUGAAGCAAAGGUAAAAGCUCCCAGUUCUAUCCGUGCGGAGUUUGGCAGCGACGAGACUAGAAACGCGUGCCAUGGAUCUGAUUCUCCUUCUGCAGCAAAGCAGGAGUCAGACUUCUUUUUCAAGGACAAAAGCUUGGGAUUUUGCGCAAAGCUGAAACAUUGUACCUUAUGCUUGAUCAAGCCUCAUGCUGUUUUUGACGGUAAUCGACUCUUAUCUCGAUUCACAAAAGCUAACCUUGACGCUGGGACUACAGGCUUUGCUGGAAUCAUCAUCGACGCCAUUCUCAAGAGAUUCGUCAUCACAGCCAUGGAACUCGUCACAUUUGGCCGUCCUAGCGCCUUGGACUUUUACGAGCUCUACAACGGUGUUUGCUCCGACUAUCAUGUAAGUAUUCUUGCCUUCGACUUAAUGACGAGCGCGUCCUUUUGCAUGCAGGCAAUGGCACAGGAGCUGUCUGUAGGUCCGUUCAUUGCAAUGGAAGUAUGUUACGAAAGCGGUGAUGACAACCCCGUGAACGAUUUUCGAGACUUUUGUGGGCCUCCUGAUGCUGCAAUGUGUAAGGCUUUAAGACCGAGUACGCUCCGAGCGCAGUAUGGUAUUAACAAGGUGAAAAACGCUAUACACUGCACAGAUCUUCCAGAGGACGGAGUCACAGAGUGCACGUACGUGUUCACGCACAAGUUCAAUCCCACACAGGAAGCAACCGUGUACAAGAACCACAACCUGAGAUAAGUAGAGUUAAGAGUCUUCUAACACGAAGCUAGAUAGUUUGAAGACGGUCUUGGAAUUCUCGUAGGGGGCGUAGAACCAUCCGUCUAUGGAGUAAAUAUUUGCAAGCAAAUCGUAAGCUGAUGUUUUCAGUGGAUCUAA